CAUCCAUAUAUCUAUGGGUUUUUUGAAUUUGAAAUAAAGUGAUAACAGCAAAAAAAACAACUAAAAUUUGAACUAUAACUGCUGAAUAUAAUCCAUAUUUUGAGUCUAACACCCAAAUCAAAUCAAUGGCAGGACCUCCGCACCCAUUUCCCCCGAACUUCGGCGGUGCUCCUCAAAACGAUAUGCGUUCUCAAUUCGGAGGCCCUCGUAGCGGCCAGCUUCCCGGCAUCUCAUCUCCAGGCCAACAAUCAGUGGCCGGUAUCGCGAGUCCUCAAACAUACAAUGUUGGCGUAAACAUGCAGCAACAAGCCGAUUCACCCAUAUCCGCUCAACAAAUGCAGCAAACCGCUCAGCAGACAUCGCAGCAGCUUCAGAUGCAAAUGCAACAACGACAGCAAACACCUUCGCAACAGCAGCAAGAAAGCGUCCAGCAAGCACAGCAAGUCGGAGCUGUGCAGGCCCAAGUACAGCAGCAGACGAUACCUCAACCACAGCAGAACGCGUUUCCUCCUCAGUCAUCUCUUCCACAACAUUCAGCUGUAGUUAAUGCUGGAGGAGGACCUAACAUGGGAGCCAGAAUGACUCCCAGUGAUGGAUCUAUUCAAUCUGUUGCUCAAUCUGCGAUACAACCUGAUAAUGCUGUAGCUUCUGCCGGUGCUUCUGGACCUGUACCUCAACAACCGCCUGCUAAUCAACAGUUUAAUACAGCGUCUUUGUGUAAAUAUGGUCAAGAAAUAGUUCAAGAUAUCGUUUGUAAAGUUCAAGACGUGUUUCAAAUCUUGAGGGUUAUUAUGCCUCCUAAUGGAGCUGGUGGUCCUACGAAUACCAUAAGUAACGAUAAAAAACUGAAAUUACAAGAGUAUCUUCGCGGUAUCAAAGGACUGUUCAAAAGAUUAAGAUUAAUUUACGAAAAGUGCAACGAUAAUAGUCAGCUUCAAGGAAUGGAAUAUAUGCAUAUUGAGGGUUUAAUACCAUUGAAAGAAGAAUGGGAUGUUAAAACUUCUGAAGAACGAAAAACUUCGGAAGCUUAUCGACUAGCAACAGAAGAAUGUAAAGAUUUGAUUGACCAAGUAGUUCUGAAAAAUAGCCAACUUAAAGAAAUUAUCGAUCACAUGCGUAAAAUAGUCUGGGAAAUAAAUACUAUGUUAACGAUGAGAAGAUCUUGAGGAAUUGAUUUGUUCGACCGUUCGUUCGUUGAACUGUGAUGUAGAUUCUUCAUGUGUUAUUCGAUACGAUUAUGUUCAUAUGUAUAAUGGUUAAAUUGUCCUCGUUCGUGGAAUUAUACUAACGCGCAAGAAGCUAACCAUAUACUGAUUAAAAGAAGAAAAAAAAAAUGGAAAUGGAUAAUUUUUCAAAAUCAUCGUGGUGCGGUGUGUUUGUUAAAAUUAGAAUACGAUUACGAAGAUCAAUCUUCUCAUCACAGGUACGUGAUUAGUUUCAUGAUAUUCACGACCUAACCGACCCAACGACUACUCUUAUACGCGGAUGAAGAACAAAAAAAAAAAAGAAAGAAAGAAAAAUGGAAAUCAUAAAUAAGACGCGUAUUUAAUUUUGAUCACGUAUUCUCGUUAUAAACUUUUUUAUAUAUUUUUUUUGUACCCCGAAAUUUAUGAAUAAUUUACUCACCUACAUAGCUAUAAGGAAUAGAAAGAUAGAGGAGAACUCUCAUUUUUUUUUUUCGUUCAAAGUUUUUGUCUGCGAGGCUGAAAAAUCACGUUGAUGAGGUAUUUAUAGAUAUUAAUUAUGUGGAAAAUGGCCACUAAAUGGUGAAGUAUGCUUUUUAAAAUUGGAGAUCGUGUAGCUUAAAGCGAAACAUUACGUAAGAGUAAUUUUACACACGUUUUUAGGUUUAACCCACGUGCGAUGGUAUCUUACGCAUACACAUGUAAUCUAAUGUAGGUAGGUACCUCAUCUUCUGCCUAUCUACUGGACAAAGAAAUUCGCCAAUUGUAAAAGAUGAAACGCGAAUUUACAUAAGAUCGUCUUCUUAAAUCAUUUGUCCAACUGGUGUUUUGUUUGAAAGAAAACAAAAACCAAAAAAACAAACUUCUAUGAAUGACAAUAGAUGCAAUAUGCUGCAAUACGUAAUGCACAAUGCACCUAGUGUCCCUGAAGGAAUUUACAGACCUAACUAAGUGUAUUGUGAUGCAGAAGUUGGUAGAUUUUUUGACGAGAUUAUGUAAUCUAAGGUGUGUUUUCUUUUUCUCAGAUCGUUAAUGCGAAAUAAUAGCAAAACAUUAUGUCGUGAAUAAAUUUUUGAGAAAAUUUCAACUUGAUUCGUUUGCUAA